CCACAGAACCAGCGCACAAGGCGGCUAAUUUAUCGUUUUUUAGAAUCGUCUUCCUUUAUUUUCCGGCGAGGUUUGUACGGAAACUACUGCUACUACGCCAUAACGCCACCAUGGGUACGGCCAUUCUGCCAGAUCUCGCAACUGAGAUUCUGAUUCCAGUCUGCGCCGUUGUCGGAAUUAUUUUCUCUCUCUUCCAGUGGGUCAUCGUCUCCCGCGUCUCGCUCUCCUCGGAAAAGCCCUCCGGUGAUGGUAAGAACGGCUUCACCGAGGCGUUAAUCGAAGAAGAAGAAGGCAUUAACGACCACAACGUCGUUCAGAAAUGCGCCGAAAUUCAGAACGCCAUCUCUGAAGGAGCAACUUCGUUCCUUUUCACGGAAUAUAAGUAUGUUGGUGUUUUCAUGGUUGCUUUUGCCAUUCUGAUCUUCGUUUUCCUCGGUUCUGUGGAUGGAUUUAGCACCAAGGGCCAGGCUUGUACAUAUGAUAGCUCAAAAUUGUGCAAACCUGCUCUUGCAACUGCUGCCUUUAGCACUGUAGCCUUCGUGCUCGGUGCUGUCACUUCAGUGAUUUCCGGAUUUCUUGGAAUGAAAAUUGCUACUUAUGCAAAUGCCAGAACCACCUUGGAGGCAAGAAAGGGGGUUGGAAAGGCCUUUAUCACUGCAUUUCGAUCUGGGGCAGUCAUGGGUUUUCUUCUUGCCGCAAAUGGUCUUCUGGUGUUGUACAUUGCAAUCAACCUCUUCAAGCUGUACUAUGGUGAUGACUGGGAAGGUCUGUUCGAGUCUAUAACUGGUUAUGGUCUUGGUGGAUCUUCCAUGGCCCUCUUUGGCAGAGUCGGUGGAGGUAUCUAUACAAAAGCUGCUGAUGUUGGCGCUGAUCUUGUGGGAAAGUUGGAGAGAAACAUCCCAGAGGAUGAUCCAAGAAAUCCUGCGGUGAUUGCUGAUAAUGUUGGUGAUAAUGUUGGGGAUAUCGCUGGUAUGGGAUCUGAUCUAUUUGGCUCAUAUGCCGAGUCAUCCUGUGCUGCCCUUGUUGUUGCUUCAAUCUCUUCCUUUGGGAUUGGCCAGGAUUUAACUGGAAUGUUAUAUCCUCUUCUCAUCAGUUCCAUAGGCAUCCUUGUUUGUUUGGUAACCACUUUAUUUGCAACUGAUUUCUUUGAAGUCAGGGCUGUAAAGGAAAUUGAGCCAGCAUUGAAGAAGCAACUCAUUAUAUCCACUGUACUAAUGACCAUUGGAAUUGCAUUUGUUAGUUGGAUAGCCCUUCCAUCUUCCUUCACCAUAUAUGAUUUUGGAGUGCAGAAAGAAGUUAAAAACUGGCAACUGUUCUUAUGUGUUUGUGUUGGUUUAUGGGCCGGGCUUAUUAUUGGAUUUGUGACUGAGUACUAUACAAGCAAUGCUUACAGCCCUGUGCAAGAUGUUGCUGAUUCCUGCCGCACUGGAGCUGCUACGAAUGUUAUAUUUGGCCUUGCAUUGGGAUACAAAUCUGUCAUUAUUCCUAUUUUUGCCAUUGCAAUCAGCAUUUUUGUUAGUUUUAGUUUUGCUGCAAUGUAUGGUAUAGCUGUAGCUGCCCUAGGAAUGCUGAGCACCAUAGCUACUGGUUUGGCUAUUGAUGCAUACGGUCCCAUUAGUGACAAUGCGGGAGGCAUUGCCGAGAUGGCUGGCAUGAGCCACAGAAUCCGAGAAAGAACUGAUGCCCUUGAUGCUGCAGGAAACACCACUGCCGCAAUUGGGAAGGGUUUUGCCAUUGGAUCUGCAGCUCUUGUGUCCCUGGCCCUUUUUGGUGCAUUUGUGAGUCGAGCAUCAAUUUCAACUGUAGAUGUAUUGACACCGAAAGUUUUCAUUGGUUUGAUCGUGGGUGCAAUGCUUCCUUACUGGUUCUCUGCCAUGACAAUGAAGAGUGUAGGAAAAGCAGCUCUUAAGAUGGUUGAGGAAGUGCGCAGGCAGUUCAAUACUAUCCCUGGUAUCAUGGAAGGCACUACCAAGCCUGACUAUGCCACCUGUGUCAAGAUCUCCACGGAUGCAUCCAUCAAAGAGAUGAUUCCGCCUGGUGCUCUUGUCAUGCUCACACCCCUUAUUGUGGGUAUCUUCUUUGGGGUGGAAACACUUUCUGGCGUCCUAGCUGGAUCCCUAGUCUCUGGUGUUCAGAUUGCCAUCUCUGCAUCGAACACUGGUGGUGCUUGGGACAAUGCCAAAAAGUAUAUCGAGGCUGGUGCCUCAGAGCAUGCCAGGACCCUUGGUCCCAAAGGAUCUGAUGCACACAAGGCAGCUGUGAUCGGUGACACUGUUGGGGAUCCUCUCAAGGACACAUCGGGACCAUCAUUGAACAUCCUCAUCAAGCUAAUGGCAGUCGAAUCACUGGUGUUUGCUCCAUUCUUCGCCGCCCACGGUGGCCUGCUCUUCAAGAUUUUUUAGAGGAGAAUGAACUGCACUGCAGGGGAUGUUGGCCUCUGACUUGUGUCGUCUGACUUUCUCUUACCGGGAGUCACUCUUUUACCUCGUUUCUUAGUCUCCUCUUCUAACUUUAUUUGGAGUCUAUUUAGUGUUUUUGGUGGUUCCUAAAAUCGGGAAAUUUGUAAGGCUUAGUCAUGCGGAGAGAAUUUUUCCCUUUCGGGUUUGUGGUGGUGACGAUGAUGAUAAUGAUCAUGAGAGUUGGGACAGCAUGGUUAUUCUUGCCUGAGUAAAUGAACAGUCCAUUGUCUAUUGUGCAUCUUUUGUCCAUUGUCAGCGAUUUUACGUAUCUCGAGUCUGUUUAUGUCUCCCCUCUCCCCCAAUUAUCGUUUAGCCUAUUAUUUGGUUAUUUUUAUUGAAAAUUUUUCGCCAUGUCUGUGACUACUUAUUUUCAUUUCCAUUCAUCAACAGUGUUUUAAGGAUCAAUUGGAUACAAAUAAUAAUUUAACAUGUUCUCUUUACCUAGUGAUUGCCCUGGAAAUCUUGAC